UUAUACACAUCAAAGAUGUCAGCAGUAGUAUAGAAUCAGAAAAUAAAAUCUAAGGUAUAUUGAUAAAUAUUAAUAUAUUGUUUUGCAGAAUCAAAUAAGUUAAACAACAACAAUGGGUAGUUCAUACUCUUUGUGGAAAGAACCUGAUGUUACCCCGAUGGGAAAUGAUCCUCCUUCAUUUCCUCCCGAUUAUGGAUUUGAAAAAGGAAGGAAACCUCGAGCUAUGGUUGCUACUGAACAAGAAUUGAUGGCCGCUAGAAUUCCACUAGACAAACGAGAUUAUUGCGCGCAUCAUUACUUGAAAUUAGAACAAUGUCGAUAUUACAAUGUACCAUGGAUGAUAAAAUGUUCAGCUGAAAAACAUGCUUGGGAUCAAUGCGCUUAUGAAGAUUACGUGUUGAGAAUGAAAGAAUACGAACGUGAACGUCGACUAUUAGUUCGACAAAAGAGAAAGCAACAAAAAGAAGCUGCUGCAGCAUAAGAAUCAAUCUAUAAAUCAACAUCCUCACAUUUAAAUUAUUCUUUGUCGUUAAAAACAAAAUAGCAACUAAUAAAUAAAAUCAACAUUUUCUUGUUGUUAGUGUA